AGUGCAAUGAGGGAAUCUUCGACUCUUAUGGAAGCAAGAACUAUUCUUUCGAGGGCUAUCCUUGCGAAUCCAAGCAACGAAGCCUUAGCGGCGAUCGUCGAACAACUCUAUAACAAGCCUCAAGAAUCCAACGAAUACAAAUCAGCUCGAGCUCUGUACGACUUCUGCGUCUCUUUUUUCCCAAACUGCUUAACCCUAAAGCUUCUUAAGAUCUAUAGGUUCUAUCCCAAUGAUUUCGUCAGACUCCGAUCCAUCGAUCUUCUUGCUGAAACUGUGAAAGCUCAUCGGUUCGAGCUCUCUCGCGUCUCUCUCCAUGAGAUCAAACCUCUUCUGAUUUCUUGCCUGACAAUGCAAAACCCUAAAAGAUCUGACGCAGAGAUCGUAAGAGUCAUCGUUUCUUUGGUAGCUGAUAAAGUUGGCGUCUGGGAAGAGAUGAGUGAUUGUAUAUUACACAUACUUGCUCAUCAAGAUCCGAUUUGGGCUUUUAACGUCUUCAUCAAGUUACCAUCAUCACUCUACGGUGGAUUCGUUCACCGUUUUUUACAGAAGUUUCUUGAUGAAGUCUACAAGGUUUUGCUUCAUCCUGUUGAAGAUGGAGUUGAAGAAUGGGUUUUGGCUUUGAAAUCUGCUGUUAAAAUGGGGAUUCAGCUUAUGCAUUCUGAAAUGAGAUUUGAUCUGACAAGAGAUAUACUUCACAUUGUUCUGAAAUCUGCUGAUGAGGUUGUGUUGAAUGGGAUGGAAGAAGAGUUUCUCCAAAGAGGGCUUCAAUCUCUCGAGAAGUUCUUGGCGAAAGACGCCAGCAAGUUUAAAUGGAAUAGUGAUCAAUGCAGGUUUGUGGCAGAGUUUGCUUUCAGGAUCUCAGAGACUGGAACAGAUACUAAGGAAUUCGCCAAGGAGAUAUAUCAGAUGGUUACAAAAGUUGACAAGUUUGUGUACAAUCCAGCUUUUAGACUCAGUCCAUCUAGGGUUGAAGAAGACUCUGACUGUGAAGAAGUGUAUAACCAUUUGGAGGUUUUAUCUGCAGUGGAAGUUAUGACACUGAUCGCAACUGAGAUUGAUAACAGGUUGAGAGAGAUAGCUUGCUCAAGACUCUACGAGUUGCUUUGUGAUCACAUUUCCGGGACAGAGGAAAUAAGCGUUUCAGAUAUCAGAGAGCUCCAGCCGUUUCUCAUUUCUUGCCUUGCAGAAGUAGGAAUUCCCGAGAGCACGUUCAAGAUUCUCAGCCAGGUUGUGUUCCAUGUUUUACAUGAGUUGUCUACUUACCAAAACGACAACUGGUUCGGUAUAUGGGACUACAUUGCUACAGAAUGCAAAAGGUUGUUCAGGCAGACGGUUUAUAUCUUCCAGUGUUUAACAAUGAGGAUCGAUGAUAAAGAGUUUGUGAUUCAUGCUAUUAAUAGUAUUCUUCCAGAGAUUCACAGUAACCUAAACCCACCAAGAGAGUUGUUGUUGGAAAAUAACAAUUGCUGGGUCUUGGCGUUUACAGGUGCCUUCUGUGCAGCGAUUCACUUGAUAGAGGUGUCAAGUCACGCUGAACACUUGAAGAUUAUUGCAUAUAAGAUGAUAGAUUCUGUGAGAGAAGUUUUGGAAAGAGGAAUGGAAGUUGAGCUUGUGAGGAGAGCUUUCAUAGAUAUGGAAAAAAUUGUGGAGAGACAGUUUGACUGUUACACUAGUAAUGACUACAGAUUCGUUAAGGGUUUGGUUUGGAGGCUCUAUGCAAUCAAAGGCAUGAGCGAGGAGAGUAAAUUUGUGUUGUGGAGAAUCAAUGUGAUUCUGGAGAAAGUGCAGGGAGUGAAAGUGCUCCCAAAGAGUGAGCUUGAUUGGUUGAACAAACCUGAGACUUUAGACAGUUGA